AGAUAAAAUACAUAGUACAACAUCUAACAGUCCAAUUCCUUGAAGCAGUAAUGCCCAGCACCAUGCUGAGAGGAGACUAGACUGUCUGCCUAAGUCAUUACAGCUAAUUAGCCAGUAGUUCUUACGCAGAAAACACCACAGAGGAGCGUGAAGCAACUGGUGGAGACGCCUCAGAAUUGUCAAGAAAUGUUAUAGUCUCUCUUUCUCCAAUUAAUAAGGGUAACUUUUCUGGCUUACGUUAGCUUUUGUUAAUAUGAUUCUGUAAGGAGUCUUACCUCAAUAAACUAAAGGUAGACUGAAUGUUCUUUUUUUCUCUCUCCUUCUCUUCUACCCCCACACCCACUCUUUCUAAGCUUCUGUCCUUAUAGCAGCUCAGCAUCCUUGUAAGCACAAUAUUCAUACCCUUUGUCUCUUCCCACCCUUUUCAGGGUUGUAUUUCUAUGCUGUGGCCUUAAAAUUUCAGAAAGGGGAGAAAGCCUUUCAGGGAGGUCUGUUCAUCCUGUUAUGCCACUGAGUCCACUUGGCGCUUGAAUGAGGAAAUGUAACCGGAAGAGUGCAAGUGCAGGUUCUGUCAGCUCCACUAAAUACCUUUGAGCCCCUCCCCCCAGGUCUGGAUGGAGGAUACUUUCAAGUGAAAUGACAGACCAGGAGAAUAACAACAACAUCUCAAGUAACCCCUUUGCUGCUCUUUUUGGCUCCCUGGCUGAUGCCAAGCAGUUUGCAGCAAUCCAAAAAGAGCAGCUGAAGCAGCAAUCUGAUGAACCCCCAACUACCCCGGAUGACUCAGAUAAUAGUGUGUCAGAGAGCCUGGAUGAAUUUGAUUACUCCGUGGCUGAGAUUAGCCGCUCGUUCCGUUCACAGCAGGAAAUAUGUGAGCAACUCAACAUCAAUCACAUGAUCCAAAGGAUCUUCCUCAUCACUCUGGACAACAGUGACCCAAGCUUGAAAAGUGGGAAUGGCAUCCCCAGCCGUUGUGUGUAUUUGGAAGAAAUGGCAGUAGACCUGGAUGAUCAAGACUGGCUUGAUAUGAACAACAUUGAGCAGGCCCUCUUCUCUCGCUUAUUACUUCAAGAUCCAGGCAACCACUUGAUUAACAUGACUUCUUCUACAACAUUGAAUCUCUCCGCUGACCGAGAUGCAGGGGAGAAGCACAGUUUUUGUUACCUUUACUCCUGCUUCCAAAGAGCCAAGGAAGAGAUUACCAAAGUCCCAGAGAACCUGCUACCCUUUGCAGUGCAGUGCAGGAACCUCACUGUGUCCAAUACCCGAACAGUUCUCCUCACCCCAGAAAUCUAUGUUGACCAAAACAUCCAUGAGCAACUGGUAGAUUUGCUGUUAGAAGCCAUCCAAGGAGCCCAUUUUGAAGAUGUUACUGAGUUUCUGGAAGAAGUCAUUGAAGCCUUGACAGUGGAUCAGGAAGUUCGGACAUUUCCAGAAGUCAUGAUUCCAGUGUUCGAUAUUUUAUUGGGCCGAAUAAAAGAUCUAGAGCUCUGUCAGAUCCUCCUGUAUGCGUAUCUGGAUGUUCUUCUCUAUUUUACCAGGCAGAAGGAUAUGGCAAAGGUUUUUGUAGAAUACAUUCAACCCAAGGACCCUAGCAAUGGGCAGAUGUACCAGAAGACCUUGCUGGGAGUAAUUCUGAGUAUCUCCUGCUUGUUGAAGACUCCAGGUGUGGUAGAAAAUCAUGGCUACUUCCUGAAUCCAUCUCGCUCCAGUCCCCAGGAGAUCAAAGUACAGGAAGCCAACAUCCAUCAGUUCAUGGCUCAGUUCCAUGAAAAGAUCUACCAGAUGCUGAAGAACUUACUCCAGCUCUCUCCAGAAACCAAACACUGUAUCUUGUCCUGGCUUGGAAACUGUUUGCAUGCAAAUGCAGGCCGCACCAAGAUUUGGGCCAAUCAGAUGCCAGAAAUCUUCUUCCAAAUGUAUGCCUCGGAUGCCUUCUUUCUGAAUCUGGGUGCUGCUCUUCUGAAGCUAUGCCAGCCAUUUUGCAAACCCAGAUCCUCUCGGCUCCUCACCUUUAAUCCCACUUACUGUGCCCUGAAGGAGUUGAAUGAUGAAGAACGAAAAAUAAAAAAUGUACACAUGAGAGGUUUGGACAAAGAAACCUGUUUGAUCCCAGCUGUUCAGGAGCCGAAAUUUCCCCAGAACUACAACCUUGUAACAGAGAACCUUGUCCUGACAGAGUAUACUUUGUACCUAGGAUUUCACAGGUUGCAUGAUCAAAUGGUAAAAAUCAACCAAAAUCUGCAUCGGCUGCAGGUUGCCUGGCGGGAUGCUCAACAAAGUUCUAGCCCUGCCGCUGACAACCUCCGUGAGCAGUUUGAACGACUGAUGACCAUUUACCUUUCUACCAAGACUGCCAUGACUGAGCCUCAGAUGUUACAAAACUGCCUAAACUUGCAGGUGUCCAUGGCUGUUCUUCUGGUCCAGCUGGCCAUAGGCAAUGAGGGCUCACAGCCAAUAGAGCUAACUUUUCCUUUGCCAGAUGGCUACAGCUCUUUAGCUUAUGUGCCAGAAUUUUUUGCAGAUAACCUGGGUGAUUUCCUCAUUUUUCUCCGCCGCUUUGCGGAUGACAUCUUGGAGACGUCAGCAGAUUCCCUGGAGCAUGUCCUUCACUUUAUCACCAUUUUCACUGGAAGCAUAGAAAGGAUGAAGAAUCCUCACCUGAGGGCCAAACUUGCUGAGGUGUUGGAAGCGGUGAUGCCCCACCUAGAUCAGGCCCCAAAUCCCUUGGUAUCCAGCGUAUUCCACCGGAAACGUGUAUUCUGCAACUUUCUACAUGCACCCCAACUUGCAGAAGCUCUAAUUAAGGUCUUUGUGGACAUUGAGUUUACAGGAGACCCUCAUCAAUUUGAACAGAAGUUUAAUUACCGCCGUCCCAUGUAUCCCAUCCUGAGGUACAUGUGGGGGACAGAGACCUAUCGGGAGAGCAUUAAGGAUCUGGCUGACUACGCCUCUAAGAAUUUAGAAGCCAUGAAUCCCCCACUUUUCCUCCGCUUUCUUAAUCUGCUUAUGAAUGAUGCCAUCUUCCUUUUGGAUGAAGCCAUACAGUAUUUGAGCAAGAUAAAGAUUCAACAGAUUGAAAAGGACCGAGGUGAAUGGGAUAGUCUAACUCCUGAAGCCCGCCGAGAGAAAGAGGCUGGCUUACAGAUGUUUGGACAGCUGGCACGUUUUCAUAACAUCAUGUCCAAUGAAACAAUCGGUACCCUUGCCUUUCUGACAUCAGAGAUCAAGUCACUCUUUGUACACCCCUUCCUGGCUGAGCGCAUCAUCUCCAUGCUGAACUACUUCCUGCAGCACCUGGUUGGCCCUAAGAUGGGGGCCUUAAAAGUCAAGGACUUCAGUGAAUUUGACUUCAAACCCCAGCAGCUCGUAUCAGAUAUCUGCACCAUCUAUUUAAAUCUUGGGAAUGAGGAGAAUUUCUGUGCCACUGUGCCCAAGGAUGGACGCUCCUAUUCCCCGACUCUCUUUGCACAGACAGUCCGAGUCCUGAAGAAAAUAAAUAAGCCUGGAAAUAUGAUUGUGGCUUUCAGCAAUUUGGCAGAGAGAAUCAAGUCUCUUGCAGAUCUCCAGCAACAGGAAGAAGAAACAUAUGCAGACGCCUGUGACGAGUUCCUGGAUCCCAUCAUGAGUACACUGAUGUCUGACCCUGUGGUGCUGCCAUCUUCCAGAGUCACUGUAGAUAGGUCCACCAUUGCCAGACAUUUGCUCAGUGACCAAACAGAUCCCUUUAACCGUAGUCCCCUCACCAUGGACCAGAUCCGGCCAAACACAGAACUAAAAGAAAAAAUCCAGCGGUGGCUUGCAGAAAGGAAACAACAAAAGGAGCAACUUGAAUAAAUACUGUGAACUAAACAAACCAAAACCAACCCCAGAGAGUAGAUAAACAAUUGUUUGUGGUUUCUCUUUCUGGUUCUGUUGCUUUUCUUUCUUUUUUUUCUUUACUAAAUUAAAGAACUCCUCUGGCUCAAAUUAUGAUAAUUAAGAUUCCGAAGAACUUUACAGUGCUUCCCUGGCUUGCAGAAGAUUAUACUUCUUAUAGCGUCACCAUCCUUAGAGAUCAUCACCAAUUCUCACCCUUUCCCUCAUCCUAUUCUUUCGUCUUCCCUUUUCUGACCAUAAAUUAAUCUAUAUUAAAUUCAAACUACUAAAA